AUGUCGACGUUUGACGAAGACGAGGCUCUUUUCGAGGACAUCUACGACGAGGAUACUAAAACGGAGACAAAACCCUCUGAUGCUGCGCCAAAGCUGGAAGAGGCUAAUCCACCCACUCCCCAAGCAGCUCCUCCAGCAGCUGAGCCUCCCGCUCUGGAGCCUGUGAUUACAGAACAACCUUCUCAAACCGCAGAGAGCAGUCAACCAGCUGCUGUUCCACCCAGUGAACAGCCAGCCGUCAAUGCACCACAGACUGACAAUUACGGUCAGGCUGUUCCUCCCCCUCCACCAGCUGCUGGCCAAUACGGGUCAGGUCAGCCUCAACCGCAACAACCUCAGCAACCAGAACCCAGCAGAAUGCCGCCCUCCAACUUGGGCAGAGAUAGCGGCAAGAUGUUUAUUGGUGGCCUCAAUUGGGAUACCACAGAGGACGGCUUGGUGAGCUACUUUUCUAAGUACGGUGAAAUUGCAGACUAUACUAUCAUGAAGGACCCCAAUACUGGAAGAUCGCGUGGGUUUGGCUUUUUGACAUUCAGAGAUCCACGGGCGGUGGAUGAGGUCAUUAGGAAAGACCACAUCUUGGACGGCAAAUUGAUUGAUCCAAAGAGAGCUAUUGCCAGGGAGGAGCAGGACAAGGUCGGAAAGAUUUUCGUGGGUGGUAUUGACCCCCUUGUGAACGAAAAAGAUUUUAACGAUUUCUUCUCUCAGUUUGGUCGCAUCAUCGACGCACAGCUCAUGAUUGAUAAGGACACGGGUAGGUCCCGAGGAUUUGGAUUCAUCACAUUCGAUACUCCUGAUGCAGUAGAUAGAGUUUGUGUUAACAAAUAUUUAACAUUAAAAGGCAAGGCCAUGGAGGUGAAACGUGCCGAACCAAGAGGCCAGCACCAGCUGAAUCAUAACCAAGGCUACCACCAGCAACAGCAGCAGCCCCCACAACAGCAGCAGCAACAGCAGUUUAACCCAUACAAUACAUACGGUCAGUUCCCCAUGCAAAUGCCUGGAGGUAAUAACAUGCCCAACUUCCAGGGUGCUUCUCCGGAAAUGAUGCAAGAGUAUUGGCAAAGAAUGCAGUGGUAUAUGUUCCAGCAACAACAGGCUGCACAAGGCGAAGGUAACCAACAAGACCAGCCUCACCAGCAGCCUUUGAACCCUCAACAACAAGGUGCCGAGGAUAACGAGGGCGACUACGAACUGAAUGACACUGGAAGAUACGAGAGUGACUAUAGUGGUCGUGACAGUGGCCGUGAUAGUGGUCGUGAUAGCGGUCGUGACAAUGGUGGCCGUAACGGCGGUGGUCGUGAUAACGGUAGAGGACGCAGACCCAGCGACCGUACACCUCCUACUGGUCCAAGUGGUGACAACGGAGGUAGAAGAAACCUUCCAAAGGGCCCUAAGCGUGCCCCACCAUCCGGUCCUUCUAGUGGAAGAUCAAGAGGAGGCUACAAGCGUGGUGGAUACCACCCUUACGGAAAGAAGGGAAGAAAAUAA